AAUUGAAGAAUUUACAGGCGUCUCUAAAUAGAGUGCUAGGGUCGUAGCGACGAAUAACUUUUCUAGUGGAGAUAAUUUCAAUAUAAAAUUUUUAUGCCUGAAUGAUAGAAAUUUUUUUCCUUUUAUAUAUGUAUAUAAUUAUCUAUGGAGUCAAUUAUGAUUGUCUAUUAAGAGAACUCUCUCCCUUGACUCUGAAAGAAGGCAUCUAUCACGUUCUGCCUGUUUCCUUUCCUUAUUUAUAUUCGCUGCCUAGCAAGCAACGGUAAGCAGAAAUACAGGUGCUCACCGAGAGAGAAGAAAUGAAGAGCAUGAAAGGAGAGGUGUUACUGAACCUGCCCGCCCAGAAAGCAUGGCAGAUGUACAGAGACAAUGAUGUGGUUAGUAAAAUCAAUCCUGAGCUGCUUUCUCGAGCUGAAUAUGUUCAAGGAGAUGGUAGUCCUGGAACUCUUAGGCUCUUUAAGCUCGGCCCUGCUGUGAGCAGCUACGUGGAGGAAUCGGUGGAGAAGAUAGAGAAGGUAGAGACAGGUCGAUCAGUGAGCUACGAUGUGGUGGGGGGAGAGCUAAGGAAGAUGUAUAAUCCAUACAAAGUGACGUUCACAUUCACUCCGGUGGAAGGAAAAGAGAAAGAAAUGUGCAUUGCUCAAUGGAAAGCUGAGUAUGAACCACUCACUCCGACCAUCCCUCCACCGGACAAAGCAAGAGAUGCUGCUUUGCAAUUUCUCCAAUCCUUUGACAAGUUUCAACUCAGCUACUAACAAGUAAGCUCCCCCUUCUUCUUCUUCUUCUUCUUCCUCUUCUAUACUUCAAACCAGUAUUUGGAAAUAACUAUGGAAAGGGUAAAACAGUCUAUUCCCUCUCCCUGUCUUGUGAAAAAAGGGUUGGGUCGUGUCGUCAGUGUGUUGUGUGAGAGAGACUUUAUAGUUGUGAAUUUGGGUGCCAUCUGUGAAGGUAUAAUAAUGUAUGUAUGUAUGUGGUCUUAUUGUGAAGAAAGUGCAGAUCCCGAUGGAGAAAGUCAAGAAGAAUCUAUUACAUAUCCUAAAUUUAUUUCGACUCUUCUGCACGAAAAA